GUUCAAAGUUCAAAGAAACAAAGUUAUCUGUCUCUGUUUCCUUUCCAUGGUUUCAAUGUCUCUGUGUCUUUCUUCUUCCUUUCUUCCUUCUCCCAUUCCCCAUACCAAAUUUCCCACAACCCAAGAUCCGAUUUUUCGGGUCACCCGCUUCUCAGUUUCUGCUCCGUCAAAAACCAGUGUCUCUGCCGCUUCUACCCGAAAACCAGCUCCAGCAACCAAAACCAGAAACCCGAAAGAUAAGGAAUUUUCCCAAACACUGUUCUUUGAAGGUAUGGGGGAGACACCCAUCAAGAAGAAGAAGAAGAAAAAGAAGGAGAAAAGGAAGAGUGAUAAAGUGUGGGUUCACACUCUCCCUGAAGUCUUAAACUAUCACAUUCAUAAGAAGGAUUGGGCUAUUAGCCUUGAGUUAUUUGGCAUGCUUAGAGGCCAACCCUAUUACCAACCCAGAGAAGAUACUUACAUGAGACUCAUUGUGUUGCUUGGAAAAUCUGGCCAACCCCAUCGUGCCAAUGACCUUUUUAAGUCUAUACAUGAAGAUGGCUGUGAAAGUACUGAACUUUACACGGCCUUAAUUGCAGCCUAUUGUCGAAAUAAUCUUGUUGAUGAGGCAUUGUCGAUUCUUGAUGAGAUGAUGAACAUCCCCAGUUGCCAGCCUGAUAUCAUAACUUACAGUACCUUGAUGGAAGCUCUUGUGGAUGCUUUGAAGUUUGAAAUGGUUGAAUUGGUGUAUGAUAAAAUGGUUGAAAGGUCUGUCAUGCCAAACACUCUCACCCAGAACCUCCUCCUGAGUUGUUAUGGUAAGGCUGGAAAGUUUGAUCAGAUGGAGAAGAUGGUGUCAAGUAUGAUGGAGAGCACUGCCUGCAAGCCUGAUGUUUGGACAAUGAACGCCGUCAUCGGCGUCUUUCGUGAUGAGGGUGAGAUUGAUAUGAUGGAGAAAUGGUAUGAGAAGUUUUGUAGUUUUGGGAUACAACCACAAAGAAGCACUUUCAAUAUUUUAAUGGGAGCUUAUAGUAAAAAAAGAAUGUAUGAGAAAAUGUCAUCGGUUAUGCAGUGUAUGCGCAAGGAAAAAUGUCCAUGGACAACCUCAACUUACAACUUUGUGAUUGAGGCGUUUGCAGAUGUAGGUGAUGCUGCAAACAUGGAACGUGCAUUUGAUCAAAUGGUUGGUGAGGGUUUGAAAGCAGAUACCAAGACUUUGUGCUGCCUUAUCAAUGGCUAUUCUAAGGCAGGAAUCUUCUAUAAAGUAAUGAGCAGUGUUGUUUUGGCUGAGAAGCUUCAGAUACAUAUGAAUACUUCAUUUUACAAUGCAGUCAUAUCUGCCUGUGCCAAGGAGGAUUCUUUGAUUGAAAUGGAAAGAUUUUUCAAGCGUAUGAAAGAUAAAGAGUGUCAACCAGAUGACACUACAUACUCUGUCAUGAUUGAAGCUUACAGAAAAGCAAAUAUGAAUGAUAAAAUAUUCUAUUUGGAGCAAGAAAAACAGAUGAUGAUAUCUGAUGAGAAAAAGUUGAAUGAGCUUCAGGAGACAAUCUUUGAUUCAUAUGCCGUUUAAAUAAAGGUCAGAGUGGUAAUUCAUCUGCCACCCCUCCAUUCUUUUGAAGUUGGGUAGUUUUGCUUAUUUUUUCACAGUGAACGAUAACUACUUCCUAACUUGUGUAGGUUUAUAGUAAAUAUUGUUGGCAUCAUUUUUGUGUUUUGAUGCCAGAUGUAUGGUCCUUCAAAGAUACAAUGGAAUCUUGAGCAUCUCAAAAUGACAAUAAUGUUUUGGUAGCA